GACAACUAUUAACUGCAUAUUGGCAUAACUCCAAAUCUAUUAUUAGCCAAUAUCAAAGAAAGCCAGUUUUACAAUUUGAAUUAUGGCCAAAAUUAAUACAUUUUAAGUUCAGUGUCGUUUCGAAGAACAAUUGCCAUAUUAUAUAAGAGAUGUGAAAUUUCAUUAAACAUUCGAAGGUGAAGUUCAGCAAAGUGCAGAAGGCCAGCAGAAGACAGGCAAUAGAAAAUAUUUUUGAAUAUAAAAUGGCAUCAUUAAAACUGAUAUUAGCUGUGAUUUUCUCCAUUUUACUGAUGGCGGAGUUUGUACACUCCGCACCAGCUGUGAACCGUAAAAAGUCCAGGCAGCACAAGAAAUCCCUGACAUCUAUGAAAAAUGGUUCCGGAAAAUCCAACACUAGUCGCAAUGCCAAAAUGAAUGUCUACAGCCCCCGAUCGUGGCCUUCAUCGAGUAGCAGCUAUUACCAUUCCCCAAUGUAUUUACGUUCUUCCUCCCCAACAACAAUGUAUUAUCCUUCGCGAUGGCUGAAUUCACCCAGUAAUUACUACUCAACAUCCUCGAUGUUGCCCUCCACCACCUAUCUGAGGCGAGCCGAUGACUAUCCGUCCAUGACAUCCGGUUCUUCCUCGAGUUCUUUGACGCCAACAAUGAGUCCCUCGUUAAUGACCUUGGAUGCUGCUAGCGGUGGCAGUAGUCGUACUCCCACAUAUGUUGAUUGGAGCGCCUUUACCACCGGCGGCAAUAGUCUCUUCGAUAAUAACUUUGCCAGUCAAAAUUUAUGGUCUAUGCCGCCGGAGGUUGGAUCCACAAAACCCAAAUUUAAUUUGUUCAAUAGUUUUAGUUUGAAUGAUGAUGGUUUCUUCGGGAAUAUUUUGAAUCAUUUUAAGUAAAGGAAAUAAAGGCGAAAUUUACGA